UUAUGGCUGAUGUUGGCUGCCUGUAGACUGUGUUUGAAAACAAUAGCAAGUCAUUAGUUUUACCAGCUACCUUACCAAGUUGUUCAUUUGUAACAAAGCUUCUCACAGAGUUACGAUGGGUAAUUUCCUUAUGAGCUUAAUGUAAAAAAAAAAAAAACCGAAUGAUCCUCGUACGAUUGCUGAAAAGAUCAAAAAUAUGCAAAGAUCGAUAUUUCCCAUUUGAUGUUGAUCUUUUAAUCAACUUGGAUUUGUUGACCUCUAUCCGAGAGAAAUUAGGCGAAUAUGGCUUCUGCUGCAGAAGAUGACGACGUAUGUGAAGAGGAGGAAAAUACGGUUGAUGAAGAAGGAAAUUCUGCAACUUUGAAAGAAGGGUUAAAAAAGUCAUCCUCUGACUCAAAGAUCAAGAAAUUGCGAAGGAAAAUUUCUCAAGGACUGAGACUUUCAUUUAUUAAAGAUGAAGAUGGUGGACCAGGUAUUCCUGUACAAAACAACAGGCAUGCAGAGACUGAUGAUGUUUUCAUGGAUUCCAGCCCUUGUGGGAGAUCAAACCAUCCUGAUAUGAGACCAGCGGUGAGAAGGACAGUGUCAGACUCAAUAGGCACUCGGCUGAGAAAGAUCAGUUUUGAGAUUGGUUAUGGUAGAAGGCAUUCCGAUGAAUUAACACCCGAGGAGUUAAAAGGCCUACCACAGCCCCUAUCUCCUCCAUUUGGUUGCCUUGAUGCCUAUCAAAAGCUAGAACAACUUGGAGAGGGCUCAUAUGCAACAGUGUUCAAGGGGAUCUGCAGUGCAAAUAAUAAAGUUGUGGCCCUCAAAGAGAUCAGAUUGCAAGAAGAAGAGGGAGCACCUUUUACGGCAAUUAGAGAAGCUUCUUUGUUAAAGCAGCUGAAGCAUGCCAACAUUGUAACACUUCAUGACAUUAUUCACACCAAAGACACCCUUAUGUUUGUGUUUGAGUUUUUGGACACAGAUCUUAACACUUACCUUGAGAAGUAUCCAAGAGGCAUCCCUUCACAUAAUGUCAAGCUGUUUUUGUUCCAACUAUUAAGAGGAUUGGCUUAUAUUCAUGAGAGGAAAAUUCUUCACAGGGACUUAAAACCUCAGAACCUGUUGAUAAAUGAGGGUGGAGAGUUAAAGCUGGCUGACUUUGGUUUGGCACGAGCCAAGUCUGUUCCCAGCCAUACAUAUUCACAUGAAGUGGUCACACUAUGGUAUCGACCUCCUGAUGUUCUACUUGGAUCAAAAGAUUAUACUACCUCCUUAGAUAUCUGGGGUGCUGGGUGUAUUUUUGUAGAGAUGAUGACAGGAAUUGCGUUGUUUCCUGGAAUGAGAGAUUCUGUUGAUCAACUCAAUAAAAUCUGGCAGAUAUCUGGAACAGCUACUGAAGAAACUUGGCCCGGAGUUACCAGAUUACCUGAAUAUGAUGCAGAUCUGUUUGUUGAUUUUCCGCCUCAGCGGCUUGGACUAGUAGCCCCAAAAUUGUUGCUUUUAAGUGGUGCUGAAUCUCUGGCCACCGAAAUGGUUCAGUGUGACCCAAGGAACAGGAUAUCUGCCAGUGACGCCAUGAAACACGUAUACUUCAGUGAUUUACCCAAGGAAAUCCGCUCUCUACCCGACGAGUCGUCGAUAUUCACAGUAACAAGUGUUGAGCUUUACAAGGAUGUCGACUAAAACUGGUUGCAUCAUCUCUUCAAGUCUUGAAAAGAGAGCAGAACAGUGAUAUUGUUGGUCAAUAUCAGCUCAGCACAAAGAGCAGACAAGGAUAAUUUAUCUUCUAGUUAUUUAUUAAAAUUCGGUUCCAGUUGUGCGAGCAUCAGUGUUGUUGUACUAUAUUUAUCUAUUUGAGUUUAUAGGUCAUAAUGUAAAUAGUUCUAACAUUUCUAAGAAUUUUUAGAGUAAUAUAUGGUCUCUGGUUGGACAGUACAUUGAGUAAAUUAAGGAGUUAAUGUCAAAUGCCUUAAUUUACAGGAGCUGUUGCAUCAACUUUGAAAAGAAAAGGAAACGAAUUUUUGAAGAAAGGAUAUUUUCUCGCGUUUUCCAAAUAUUUAAUUUUUUGUUGUCGUUGCUUUUCCUUCCUGCACGCAGCAUGCAAGUGACCCAGGCUGUUUGUGACAAUCAAAAAGCGUCAGAGAGAGGCCAACCGUUAGUUUUCUUGUGUAAUUUUGCUAUUUAUGUUAACAGGAGCCAAUCUUGGAAAGGUUAGGUUCUUGCAUGGUGUGAAAUUUUACUUGCUCGCUGGUAAAUUAGUGUCACAACAGUGUAAAGCCAUUUAAAGGCUAUUUUUAUUGAACUUUUGUAAAGUCAAGCAAGUGGCUCUUGUAUUUUAGUAAGAAGUUGGAUUUGGGGUUGUGUAAUUUCAGUUGCCAUAAGUAAGUAUUAUUUAUCAAUUAAACACAAAACCAAACCAUU